AUGUCAGCAGAAAUGCCCAAGAGAUUGAUUGAAGAAUAUUUGAUGUUCUUCAGGCACUGCACCAAGAGGCUGUUUGAGAAGGAACCUAAAGAAGAAGAAGCCAAAAUCGAGUUCAAGAAGAAAUUCCUAAGUGUGACACUACCCUGGGAUUUGCCUUUUGGAGGUGGGAAGCCUCCCAACUAUUACUUGGGGGAAGAAGUGUACCACCCUAACUUAUGUGCUAGGCAGCUUGGAUGCCCUCAAUUAAUCCCACUCAAGAUUUACAAAAGCUGCAAUCGGGCCACUUCCUGGAGAGAUUCAGAUGAUUUGUAG